AAUCCGUGCGGUCAGUUCAAGUUAGUGCUCCGUUCGGUAAACUCGUUCAGUAGAGGGUUCCGCGUGUGCUUCUCUUUUCGAAUUUUUUUCAACAGUGCUAACAAUCACACUUCCAGCUCGGAUGUGUGAGUGCGUGUGCGGUGCGCACUUGUUUGACAACAAGGCGUCCUUGUGACGGUGCACUGUGCUGUUCUGUCUGUGGUGCCUUCGUUUAGCCUGAUCCCACCAACACUGGGCGGAGGGUGCGUGUGAUGCAGGGUGGGUGGUGAUGCUGUAACGGUGCUACCACCGCAGACUCCUUCCGAAAAAGGGAGCCGCUCGAUUCCGGCCGCCACGGAUUGACAGUUUUCGCGUUCGCUGUCGCUGUCGUUGCCGGCAGUAUGCGGGUGUGCGCUUCGCCAUAGUCCUGGCAGAAGAAAAAAGCUAUAAAACAUCGUUCAACACACUACUAGUGCACAUGCGUGCCUACACCGAGCUCUUCUAUUGUGCUCUUCUUCAUAUCGGUUUUAUCGUCUGAUGCAGUGCCUACUUGAAUCGGUGUGCGUGUUUCUACAGCCAGUGAAGGAUUCUUUCAUCCUCCGGUUGUUUAGUCGUGUAUCGGAGAAGAUUGGAAAUCCAAUUAAAACAAAGUGAAUUUCGAGAUCGAUCUGGGAAAUGGAUUCCCUCGAGCAUAAAGUGUCGCCGGAAUAGGCGUUCAAUUGGGUAGAAUUGUUUCACCGCGAGCGUAUAGUUAAUUAUUAACGAAAAUUUGGGUCUGGUCGACACCAAUACUAACCUUAGCGUUUUGAAACAGAGAAAAAAUAAUCAAUAACUCGCAUGUUUUGGUCGAAAUCUGCCACCCAACGCAAGAAUCCCAACUGAUGUUGGACAACAGCUGAAACAGUGAUUUUUUUCUUACAGUGUACACAUAUUCUUAUCGGCUGGUGAAAAUCCCGGAAAAGGUGUGCUAUCAUCGUCGGUGACAUUGUUGGGUCAUUCAACGUCAGAGAUUCGGAAGUCCGAAGUAAAGGAGAAAAAAAAGGUUAUCACAGUGUGCCCCACUCUACACUUCUAUAUUGAGUAAUCGAAGGCUGGGAAAUUUGUCGAAGCUUUUCAUGCAAACCACAGCCAAAAUUGGCUGUCAAUUAUGUUACCGAAGAAGAAGUUAGUGCAAUCAAAGUGAAAAUGAUUGUAAUUGUUUCGUCCGGUUGCGUGCAGUGCAGUGAGUUCGAACAGAUUGGAAUCUGAAUUGGGCAUUUUUCGGUAUGUGAGGAAUGUAUGUUCAAAUAGAGAAAAAAAAGUUUACGAUUUGUGAAAAAAAAAACCGGUUGCGGACCACAUCCCAGAGACGUACCCUUUGACAGUUCCAUAUUGCUACAUUCACGGUUGGAUUAUACGAUGCAGAAGCAGUGAUUACUGAAAGACUGACUGCUGUUUUGAUCGUAUGAAAAGCUGAUUUCUUUUCUAAUAAAGGAAAUGUUUUUCGAGAUCCUGGGAUCUGAUUAAAACUUUCCCUGGAAUCGAGAAUCCCGGGAUUACCCAUAUGGAUACUCAAGUUUCGUCGCUUGGAAUACGGCGAAGAACGGUGGCUGUACAGAAAAACGGCGAAGAACCAACCGAAGCAGAUUUGUUUUCGUUGCUUUUUAUUCCAAUCAGUUCGCAAGACGCGUUCCAUGGAAAUGCCCAAAGCUGGCGGAUUAACGGGCGAACAGUAUUCGUUGCCACCUUAGAUUGCCCCCCUCUAUCUGUGCCUCCCCCGUUUUCACUCAGCUACGUCCAGUGGAUGAUGAUGGUGAUGUUGCAUAAGAAAGAGUGCAAAGUGUAAGUGUGCGAAAGAGAGUUUCAAUUUACGACAGCCGUCGGCUGCGUCGGUCGAAUUAAAAUAUUUACGUGUGAAGAAGUGAAUUGCGCAUUCAAAUUUCGUGGGCCGGCCGAAAGUGCGAUCGGGCACCGGUCCUGUCGCCUUUUAUUGUUGUGAGUGUGCUUGAAGCGAAAAAUAAAAUCAACUUAAGGAGGACCGGAGGAUAAUGGAUACGAUGACCUUCGACGAUGAACCGCCACCCGAGCCGCGGGACGGUUGGCUUUUGGUGCGCAUUUUUGUGCCCGAGCUGAACGUCUACAAGUGUCUCCAGUUUCCCUCGGACAAGGUCGUUUGGGACGUGAAGCAGCAGUGCUUGGCUUCGUUGCCAAAGGUUGCCUUCUGGUUCACGGAAUUAAAGGAAAGCUUCAAUUAUGGACUGUUCUGUCCGCCGUCUAAUGGAAAGGCUGGAAAGUUUCUCGAUGAAGAACGAAGAUUGGGCGAUUACCCGUUUAAUGGUCCCGUUGGUUACCUAGAGCUCAAAUACAAGCGCCGGGUGUACAAGAUGCUGAAUCUGGACGAGCGGCAACUGAAGGCACUGCAUACCCGGGCCAACCUGCGGCGCUUUCUGGAGUGCAUCAACGGGGGACACGUGGAGAAGAUCGCCAAGAUGUGUGCCAAAGGGCUCGAUCCGAACUUCCACUGUCAGGAAACGGGCGAAACGCCGCUCACGAUCGCCACCGGAACGAAGAAACCGAACAAGCUGCUGAUCGCGCUGGUCAACGGUGGCGCCCUGCUCGACUACCGGACGCGAGACGGGGCGACCGCACUGCACCGGGCCGUCGAGCGGGACAGUCUCGAGGCUGUGAGUACCCUGCUGGAACUGGGCGCCUCACCCAACUAUCGCGAUACGAAGGGCCUAACACCGGUCUACCUCUCGGUUACUCGCAAAACCGACCCGAAAAUCUGCGAAAUUCUGCUCCACGAUCACGCUACCCUUGGCAUCCAGGAUAGCCAGGGCUGGCAGGAAGUGCAUCAGGCUUGUCGGAACGGGUUAGUGCAUCACCUAGAGCACCUGCUGUUCUACGGUGCGGAUAUGGAUGGGCAGAACGCUUCCGGCAAUACGCCGCUGCAUGUUUGCGCUGUUAACAAUCAGGAGGCUUGCGCUAGAAUGCUUCUCUUUCGCGGUGCCAACCGGGGCGCACUAAACUAUGCCAAUCAGACACCGUACCAGGUCGCCGUCAUCGCAGGCAAUUUGGAACUGGCGGAGAUGAUACAGAACUACAAGUGCGAAGAUAUCGUCCCGUUCCGCGGUCCACCCCGCUACAACCCACGGCGCCGUUCCGGGCUCGGUUGGGGCUCAACGUUGUCGCGCAUUUACGGCGGUCCGCCGUCGCCUUGUCCGUCCGAACAUCCCUUCAGUUCGGCCAGCUCCAGCCUGUCGGAGGGAUCGUCCAGCCAUCGGAGCCAUGAAGAUGAUAUCAGCAUUGUUACCGACAAAAGCCUCGGUGACACCAGCGACAUCAUCAGCGACUCGUCCGGCGUUGGCACCAACUCGGACAGUGCAGCCUGUUCGAUUGGUCAUCCGAGUACGACGGUGGUCUGCAUGGAGGGGUACGACGCCGGCCUGUCCGGGCACAUCCACAUCCAGCCGGGCGACGUGAUCGAAGUGGUCGGUUCGACAGAUUGCGGCCUGCUCGAAGGAUUCGUACGCGGUACGAACAAAACCGGUUUCUUCCCUGCCCACUGCGUGCAGGAGGUUCAGUUCCGGCAGAAAAGCAUCAUCAACGUGUCGACCUCUACGCCCCAUCACAUGUACGUGAUCAGCACCGGAAGCAACGAACUGCCGGAACACCAGCAGCAACAACAGCAGCAGCAGCAAAACCAGUUGCAAUCCCAGCAGUACAACAGCCAAACUGCGCCCAGGGCGAAAAAGGCGGUCACCGGUGAACCGCGCAAUGUGGUCCUGCACCGGGCGAAGCGAGGCUUCGGUUUCAUUCUACGCGGUGCCAAAGCGUCCUCUCCACUAAUGCAGCUUAAACCGUCACCCCGCUGUCCAGCUCUGCAGUACCUGGAUGACGUCGAUCCGGGUGGCGUUGCCGACAUGGCCGGCCUCAAGCCGGGCGAUUUUCUACUUGCCAUCAACAACGAAGACGUCACGUGUGCCUCACACGAGCACGUGGUCGACCUGAUUCGGAACUCGGGCUCGCUGGUUUCGAUGACGGUCAUCACGCUACCGCAGAAUUUGGUCAAUUCAAUGAUGGAAAGUGCUAUUAGUGCCAGCAAUGGCGGUGUUGGAGGAGGUGGCGACGGUAGCCAACAUUCCGGAUCCGGUAUGAGCACUCCGGUUUCAUCCCGGCAGUGUUCCACGCUGCCCCGUCGAAUGAACGGUGGAACGGCUGGGUUGGCCGGUUGCAAACUGCCCGCACCGAUGCCACCGCGACGAGAUCCAAAGACAACGCUUAGUGUAGGACGCGCUCGUGCCAAAUCGAUGGUCGCCGGUUUGGAGGGAGGCGGCGAGAAAGACGACGAUGAUUUGACCAACCAAACUAAAUCCACGUCGGCCGAAUCGAUUCAUCAGCAGUCGCAGUCCGCUAUCAGUACGCCGACCCAGGGUGGACCGGGAACUCCGACACAGCCACGAACAGCCAGUAUCAAAGCGCGGCCCACCUCUAGUCGAAUCACAGCUGCUGAGUUGGAAGAAUUGUUCCAGCGACAGCAGGGUGCCGAUGCAAAUCGUUGCUCAAUGCUUAUGACUAGCUCACGGUUCCAGUCUGGUUUUGAUAGUGGUACUGCAACGCCCCCAACCUCUCCACAGAAGGGACCAAUUGUAUACGCCAGCGUGGCGGAGAUGAAACGCAAGAAGUCAUCCAAAAUUGGUACGCUGAAAGGUCGUCCCAUUCCAAUUCCGCAGGUCGGUUCCGAUUUGAAGCGUACCUUCCACAGCACACCCGACCUUGCAACGGCGGGUACAAUUUCGGCAGCAGGUAGCGCCGGAACGCUCACUCCCUCGUCCAGCUGGUUCAAUACCGUUGGUCAUAAAGGUCAUCGAUCUCAAGACGACGUCCACAGCCUACACAUGUCAAUGCAAAGACUGAAUCUCCCACCACCAAACCACCCGCCGCCUCCACCACCCGUCGGACAGGUUGUCAAGGUGGAAAUUUCCCGCGGCUCCGAGUACGAGUGCCUCACCGCGCUCCAGAAACACAUUCAGCAGAAAGCCAAACAGCAGUCGAAAAUUCAGGACUCGGAGAUUAUGUCCAGCUUCAAGCCAGCCUCGAAUGCCAAGCUGUACGCCUCCCCGCAGGACAUCCGAAACGUUGGCUAUCGGACCACCAGCAUUGCCUCCAGUAGCAGUGGCAACAGCAGCAGCGGUAACAGUAGUACCGGAACAGAGGUUCGCAAAGCAUCAUCCCUGCGCUCUAAUACCAGUCUAGCGACAAGCGCGAACAACGUUACCACCGUUACCAUCGGUGGUGGUAGCAAUCCCUACGCUCAACCUGGCCGUCCCGCAAUGCAGCAGUUGGCCCAACCUCAAACCCAGCAGCAACAACAGCAGUACAAAUCACCUCCCCACAGUGCGCCUCCACUACCUGAUCCAGAUUACAGUCUGAGCGAAUCGGACACCGAAGAAGAUAACUCGGUUCGGCUGGUGCGCAAGAAAGUGAACGGAACGACGGCUGACAAUGCAGCAACCGGCAAGGGAACUAACGGAAGUGCGGUUGUUAAUCCCGGUAUGGCUGCUGAAACGAGUGGAAAUAGCAACACGAGUGGCAGUAGCUCCGGUUCCAGCUCAAUUCCUCACUCAUUUUCGGUGGAGGAGAUCCAAAAAAUCCGCACAAAGCUCAAAUCAUCCAAAUCCUACCCGAACGAUUUUCUGCGGCAGCAAAACAACCAGUCGGCUGACCAGGCCGCUGGCUUGAACAACGAAGACAACGGUGACAACAGCUCUUCGGGAGUUAGUAGCGACCAGGAAGUUACCGUCACUUGUAACGAGAUACCGGCACCGAAUCCAAAACCGACUGCAUCAGCUCUCGAUCCAAAAAAGGUGGGAUCACUGUUGGAGCAGAAAAAGAUGGCGGUCAUGAUUACGGCAACGGUGCCUCUAGUGCGCAGUGACGAAGAUGACGAUGAAAGUCCCAGUCCACCAGCGACCGGCUUCCAGCGACACAAUUCCCUCACCCGAAAGCAAGCGGCAACUAUUGCGGCACAGCGUGCAAAGGCCAACCAGCAAAAUAUCCAGCAGCGGCACGCUGUCACACUAGCAACACUGCCACCACCGAUUGAAGCUGAUUCGGAUGAGGCUGAUUCAAGUGCGCUACCAGCAGACGGCACCGUCGGGGAUGGAUCGGCUAUGGUGCUGCCACCUCCGGCGGAGUUUAGCGAUUCCGGACCGGGACAUCCCCCACAUCAGCCGCAGCAGCAUCAUCAUCACCACCACCAGCAUCAGCAUCAGCACCAGCAUUAUCCGGCAUCAGCGCUAAUCGGUGGCCACAAUCCAAAUUGCAAGCGUGUCCGAAUAGUCGGCGCUGUCCCGAAGGUCAACCGACUAAAUAGUCAGUAAGAGGAAACAGUUUUCAACAUUCUACCAGUAGAUAAAUGAACAUCGCAACCACUUUAAGGAUAAAGGUAUCGAUUUAGAUAAGCUAAUCUCACUGGGACUAAUAAUCUGUAUGCUCUGGCCUAUUUCUUAUAUUGCGGAGUUUCUCGAAGAAAAAAAAAACAGCUUUUAUCGUGUGUAGAGAAACCUAAGAACUAAAUAAACGAGAAUACGGGUGAAAUUAACGAUAGUGUCGGGUGUGCGAGUGCCACGCAUUGCUCAGCCAAGCACCAUGCACCCGCACCCAGCUAAGCGACGAUCGCGCACUUAAAACCACGAGAGAAAGCAAAAACUAUUCACGCUCAAACGGUUGAUUAGGAAGGAUUUCACGCUAAUUCUAGCAGUAGUUGGCGAUACCCUAUCAGAAUUCAGACAAACUUUGUAUGUUUUGUAAAAUAAUAAAGGUUCAUCUGAAUCUGAUAGAGUAUCGCAACCUCUAUUACAGAGUUGGCGUAAAACCCCUUCUAGACAUACUUUCACCCACUUCGGGCUGCUGAUUUCCAACCGGUGGCCAUUUCUACUUGUCCCAUCCCAAGUAGCUCGUGCAAUACCCGGGCAAAAGAAAAGCGAAUUCGUCGACGAAAGCUCAAAUCUUGAAGGCGUUCCGCCUUCUCCCCCUUCCAAUAAGUAGCCAAAAUCGAGUAACGGAAACCUUCAAUCAAUGUUGUAGAAAUACUGAGUUGUAUAAAUGUUUAACCACCCCUACCCUAGGUAUCAGUUUUUAGGUUGUGUAUUUUGAAAACGGCAAGCAAAACGAUCUUUCAAGUUGUUCAUCGUAGCGAAUAUUGGCAAUCAGUGUAUGCGGCUGGAACAAUCUGAGAAUUCGUUUUCGAUUUCGGUUUAACGUUACUUUUUAGUGGAUUUUACUAGUGUAUAAUGGUUCUUUUACCUUAGUUUAGUUCAAAGUUCGGUGGAAUAAGUGAUUUAUUGCUCAGCACUUGAUUGUUCAACAGAAAUUGGUAUGACGCACGUUUAGCCGAAUUUGAUCUUUUGUAAUUUUCUGCUUCUUUUCUAAACACCUGUUCAUACGGAAUCGUUUCGAACUUUCUGUCUUUAAUUAAUUACAUUAAUUAACAAGUCAACAGAAUAGUAGCUAAUGAUAAGAUCCUCCAAACAUAUGUCUGAAAGUGCGAACAAUCCACAUUGGGAACAUUUUUAAAGGAAACUCUCAUCCACCCUCCUGGUUGUUAUAUUACUGUUGUACAUUUUCUUCCCCGCACCAUUAGAGAGGUAAACCUAAUUUGUAAUGAAACAAUUACGAUAGAGUGAUGAUGAUUAAGUAAGCAGAAAUGGUCUCGAGAAAAAGACACUUUUUGUUGUUGCCUCCCCCAGUUGUAGUUUGCAGUUUUUUACUCUAUGCAUAGUGAAAAGCUAUAAAUUCGUCACCUAUCUGAGAAAAAAGUAACAAGUGUCGUCAUAAUAUUUAAUGCUAACGGAGUUUUAAAACAUCGCAAUUAUCUUGUCGUAUAAGCAAAAAAUCUCUCACACAUACACACAUAGACACAAACACAUACACAUGCAUGAAGACAAAAAAAAACAACAGCCAUUCAGCACGAUUCGUAUGAAGCGCAAGCGAAAUUUUACUAUUAAACUUAACACUAGAAAGAAAACGGUAAGCUUAGAGCAAACAAAACGAAUAGCAAGCAAAUCUGUCCGUAAAAUGUGAAACAAAAAAAAAACAAAAACUAUUUUAAAACGUAAACAAUCCAAAUAGUUCUCAUCACAACCUGGUUUAUAGCCUAACAUAAUCGAAGCAGCAGUCCAAAAAUGAAAACAACUUACAACACGAAUGCUAAACGUAACACAAUGCAAUAGCCUUUAUAGCAAGUUAAACAGCAAAAAAACACAACAUGAACGAAUAUUAGACAAACGACAGUACAUAACCGCAUUUAGCAAAGCAACAGUCACAGGCAUUUUAGUCAGCAUUAUAACUCAAACCCUUAUACACAGAUAAACGAUGGUCACCACGAAAGUAGAAAAAGCGAAAAAAAAACAAACAAACAAACCGUACUGAAAUAACCCGCCCACAAACACAUACACGUAGCACACCCACCCACACAUACUCACACUUACAUCCAAACAUUCACAAUCGCAACCAAUCGUACUAGUUGUCACCCAUUUGGUGUACUCACUCACACAGGCGCACGUGUGCGUGUAGUGAGCUGCGCGGGAAAAAUCCAAACCACGAUCGGCAGAAGACGCAAGAAAAAAAAAACAAAAAUUAAAGGAAUAUCCACACAUAUAUUCACAUCUGAAGCAAAGUAUCUUUUUUGAUUCCGGCAAGUAUCUUCUUCGGCAUGAUCCGAUCAUAUGAUAUUACAAACAGUAACUGCUAUAAUAUAGUGAUUAUAAUAAUAAAAACACAAACAAUAAGCAAAAAAA